AAUUAUGAUAUCUGAAUUAAUUUUGUGUACCUCGUUAACUUCAUAUAGUACAUGUCACCUUUUAAUAAAUAAUAAAUAAUAAGUAUAUUCACAUAAGUUAAAAUAAACAUGAAGAAUUAUCACUAUAUCACACCCUGAAUGCUAAUUAAAAUUAUUUAAUCAUAUACUUGAUUAAAUUUACAAAAUAUCUUAUCACCUUAUAACAACAUAUAACAAGUAUACUCACGUUAAGUUAGAAUAAACAUGAAGAAAUUGAGAAUUUGUGAUUCUCAAUCAACUUUAUUCACCACUGUAUUACACCCUUCAAUGCUAUCUAAUGCUAUAUUUUAAAUGUCCUCAAAACACCUUUGCCCCAUAAUAUACCUGAGAAAUUUCUCAUUACUUUCCCUACACAUUCUUAAUUUUUCUUUUUUAUAAUUCAUACUUCGUCAUUUUCAAAAGGUGAAAUUGAGCCUAGGCUUAUUUGUUCCUAUCCUCUACUUCUUCUAGUCUCUCCAACAACCACCAUCCAUUAAACAAAAAAAACUUAGUGUUCAAAUUUGAAAGAGUUUAGUUCUCUUUCUUUUACUUGUUUCUCAUUGAAAGGGUGAGGUUAACAAGUGAAAGGAAAGAAACUAUGGGAAAAAAACUUGAUGCUUUACUAGGAAGAAACUUUAAGACUAGUAAAUUCAAAGCCACUGCAAAUCUAGCCAUUUCCAGGGUUGUUGUACUCAAGAACCAGCGCCAAGCACGGUGCUCAAUCGCCCGGUCUGAUGUGGUUCAGCUGUUAAAUCUUGAUCAUCAUGAAAGAGCUCUUCUAAGGGUUGAGCAAGUGAUCAAGGAACAAAACAUGUUGGAUGUGCUUGAAAUGGUAGAAGGCUAUUGUCUUAUGACUAUUGAAAGGAUCAACCUUAUUCAACAAGAGAAAAUAUGUCCUGAGGAAUUAAAGGAGGCGAUAUCGAGCUUGAUUUAUGCAGCUUCAAGGUGUGGUGAGUUCCCAGAACUUCAAGAACUUCGAACUAUUUUCACGUCAAGAUUUGGGAAAGAAUUCACAGCUCGUGCUGUUGAGUUAAGAAACAAUUGUGGAGUAAAUAGUAAGAUGAUUCAAAAGCUGUCAACAAGGAUGCCUAGCUUAGAACAAAGAACCAAAGUACUUAAGGAAAUUGCUGCUGAGAAUAACAUUGUUUUGAAAAUUGAGGAAACAAUUUUGGAAAAUACAGAGGAGGAGAAAGAUUCUGUGAAAAGCAAGGACCAACCUGAGAGAAAGCUGUCGAGUAAAUCAUCGGAGUAUAAAUAUGAAGGUCCUGGGCCUCAAGAGAUUGACCCUGAAGCUAGGAGAAAAUAUAAAGAUGUAGCAGAUGCAGCUCAAGCAGCUUUUGAAUCUGCUGCUUAUGCAGCAGCAGCUGCAAGAGCAGCUGUGGAACUCUCUCGGUCUGAAUCGCGUGAUCUGGAUGACCCUAAAAGCCCGAGUGAGAAACCAAGGGAUGUAUCAGACUUUCAUAAGGAUUUAAAAUCUGACUUUCAUGCAGGGGAGGAUGUUGGGGAUGGAGUUGAGAAAAUCCAGCCUAGUCAGAAGUAUGGUUCUAAUUCUGAAGUCGACCAAUUCUCCAAAGAUGAGGUGGAAGAACUCAAACAGAGGAAGUCUAAAGAACAGUUCCAGAGAUCGGUUUCUGCUUCAAGUUCUGAUUCAGGAGACGACAUUCUUGUUGAUGAGGUGACAGGUCCUAGGCAUGGUGUGAUUUUUGAUGAAAUCGAGGAAGAAAUUGGAGAGGAAAGCGAAAUUCCACCGUUAAAACAUCCUAAGAAUGAAGUUUUUGGCACUCCAGUUCACCAAACAGGAAAUGAGGAGACUGAGGGAUUCACCGAGCAAGGUGCAGUAAAAAUAGACUUAAAUAAGAAGCCAAUAUCAAUGAGAACUAGAAAGAACUUUUACUGGUGACCAAGGACGGAUAAAUGUUAAUGUAAAGGAGAUUGAACAAUUCACAAAGCAGGGUGCAGAAAACAUAGACAUAAAUAAGAAGCCAAUAUCAAUGAGCACUAGAAAGAACUGUCACCUGAUGACCUAGGACAGAUAAAUGUAUGCUGAGAUUUUGCCGGUUGCUGCAUAUAUUGUGUGCUUUAUGUAUAUCAUAGCUACAUUUUUUCUUUAUUUGUGGAGAGUUUGUAAGUUUGAGGACAUAUUUUGUGCUUGUCAAUAUAUCAUAGCUUCAUAUUUUUGUUUGCAUAA